AUGCGUGCUCACUACGUCCUAGCACUCCUCGCCCUCCUCUAUCCUCUCUUCGCCGCAGGUGCUUCUGCUCCGACUGGUCAGUGGAAGCCUGUAGACCUCCACGAUCCGCUUGUGACAGAUAUCGGAAAGUUUGCAGUUUACGAAUACAACUAUCAAUAUAAGAAGGAUUUGUUCUUUCAGAAUGUGACUAACGGCACCUACAAGGAUGUCGCAUAUUCGUCUUACUCGAAUGCCACCUUGUAUCAGCUUGUCAUUACUGUUCAAGGCUAUGACAAAACUCCUAACCCCAAACUUGCAGUAUAUCAGGCUACCGUCUUCCGUAGGACUUGGGAUCGAUUUAAGAAAUUGCUCUCCUUUGUUAAGAUUUCAAAAUAA